AUGAGCGAUGUCGAAGCCUCUUCCCCUUCCUCUUUCUCGUCUUCCUCUGUCGCCCCAGAUGCUCCGCCGCACAUCUCCACGGCCGACAGCAACAAGGCUCAUCUCACGCAGAAACGCAAGGAGUUUCUAACCCACAUGCUUCGAAGCUUUGAUAUCAUCACAUACGCGCAUCUAUCAUAUCUAUACUUCAUGGACUGUAGCUUUCUUCGCUUCGCACUGCGCGCCAUGAUACAGUUCCUCUUCCUGACGCCGAAAAUCAUAAACCUCCCGCUACCGCCGCAAACACGGUCGCCAGUAAUUGGUAUUGCUGGAGGGUUUACGCUUUGUGUCUUGCUGCAUCUGUGGGAGGCAAAUCCCGCCGCGGGGGAGUUGACGCAUGGGUACCUGCACGGCGGGUUGAUCAUAGAUUUCAUCGGGCAGAAGGGCCCCAUAUCCAAGUGGCGACUGAUAUACGUUGAUAUCCUCGUCGUCCUGCUGCAGCUGUUGAUGCUCACCCUGGUGAUUACGAAGCAAGAGCUCGGCCCACCACCGGAAGAGGCGUCACCAGACACCAACGAGGCGGGUGAUCCACCGCAAGAUGUAGAGAGCGAGGAGCGUGGCGAGAUCAGGCCUCCACCCGCACCAGCGCCGGAGUUGAGUCGGCUUCUUAAUGACAACCACUCAGACGAGGGCGAGGAGAACCGAGACGAAGCGGUCGAGCUCGAGAGAAGGAUGUUUGAAGUCACAUCGGGGGAGUUCGUAGCGGUCAGCUUGGAUGUUGUAGGGGCAGUAAGGAGACAAUGGGCGGAUGUUGCUGUUGCUGUUGCUGAUGGGGCGGCAUCGAGGAGUACAGGCGCAGCCGCCGCCCCGCCGGUGAUCGCUGGGAGCGCGAGUGGGUGGAGGUCUGCGAUUGCCGGCGCUACUAGAUCUUGGUAA